AUGAAUUCAGUUCUCAUAUUAAAUAUUAUCCUACAUUUAUUACAAAGUGGUACAGUCCAAGUGAAAAGUGAAUAUCGCUAUAGAGAAUUGACAGAUCACACUAUGGUGACGGACAACGGUGUUUUUCCAUUUGUGGCGGCCAUUUUGUUUAAAUCCGUGUAUAUUAGUGCCGGGGCGUUGAUCAAUGAGUUUUGGGUGAUAACCGCCGCGGAUUCUUUGUAUUUAGUAAGAGAAUCAACACGCGUGAUGAGAGUACGACUCGGCAGCGUGAACAACAAGAAAGGUGGACAACUCCACCCCGUGAAGACGAUCGAAAUUCAUCCCAAUUUCGAUGACAAUAAGCCCCAAUUUGACAUAGCACUGGUCUUGCUCCCGAGGAGAGUGAGGUUCACGCCCACACUGAGCCCAAUAAAACUGCAGAUGUUCCCGAAGAAAGCGGCUGCUACACAUUUCUUGGUUAAUUCUUGGCCUCCACAUAUACCCUCAAGCGUGUACCCCAACCACACGGAGUCAUUGGACAACGUCAAGAGGAGGCGAAUGAUGACUGUGUCCCAUCUCCACCCGUCAUCACAAGUGAACUGCUCGGAUGUGUAUCAGUAUAUGAAUCUGUCAGCGGGAACAAGUAUGCUGUGCCUGGAUCCGGCAUUAGGAACCGAUCCUUGCGAGCGAGACGUAGGCGCUCCCGUGGUUCUCAACGGGGUCCUAUGGGGGAUCCUGUCGUCUUGGAAGUCCGAAGACUGCGAUGUGGACCCAAGCCCAAUCCUGGUCACCCUGGUAUCAGCUAGGAACAUCUCCUCCUGGAUUUACACCACGACCAGAGAGCAGAGGAGAAACUUCACAAGGACAGACAAGGCCCAAGUGGAAUAUGAAGAUUAUUAUUACGAUGAAGAUGAUGAUAUUAAUAAUUAUUGA